CUUCAACAGUUAUAUUCUAACAUAAACAACCUGUUCUUCAAAGGCUAAGGCACACACCUCCAUUGAUCUGGUGCACAAAUUGUCUGUAAACAAGUGCAGUUUGUAGUUGACAGAGAAUGGGGAUUGAGCGUGUAUUUCCAUAUGUGGGAAUGGUGAUUGUGCAGUUUGCUCAGGUGGGCUUAAUGAUAGCAGGCAAAGUAGCCAUGUCAAAUGGAAUGACUACUUUCACUUUUGCUUUCUAUUCAAAUGCACUGGCUUCACUUAUACUACUUCCUAUCUCAUUGUGGCUACACAGAUCUGCUCGUCCACCGCUUUUCUACACAUUCAUUUGUGGCUUUUUCUUGCUCGGCCUAAUCGGGUUCUUGGUGCAGAUAUUUGGGUAUACUGGACUUAUGUAUGCCACUGCAUCACUUUCUAGUGCAAUGAUGAACCUCAUUCCAGGUUUCACCUUCAUACUUGCCAUCAUUUUCAGGUUGGAAAAAUUUGACUGCAAAAGUUCAGGCACCCUGGCUAAAUCUAUUGGGACGAUAGUGUCCAUAAUAGGUGCUUUUAUUAUAACUCUCUACAAAGGUCCCACCAUUUUGGGGAUUUCCUCGCAUUCGAUUGCCCCUAUUCACACUCUUACACAGUCAUCAGCCUGGCUCAUUGGGGGAUUGCUUCUUGCAAUUGAUUCUGUGGUGGCUUCAGUAUUUAUCAUUGCACAGGCAUUAGUUCUCAGGAAAUAUCCCGCAGUGCUCCUUCUAAUGUUGUUCUAUAGCUGCUUCAUUGCUAUUUUAUCUGCAGCAGUCUCUUUGACUGUAGAAAGAGAUACUAAAGCUUGGAGCCUGAAACCUAUGACGAGGUUGAUCCCCGUUAUAUACUCGGGCAUGUUUGGCAAUGUUUUCCAAGUCUCCAUGAUCAUGUGGUGCAUGAGAAGAAGGGGGCCUCUCUUUGCUUCUAUGUUUCAUCCUUUGGGUGUUGUCAUUGCAAUUGUCAUGGGUAUCAUCUUCCUGGGUGAAGCAUUUUAUCUUGGAAGUUUGUUGGGAUCCAUUGUUGUCUCAAUCGGCUUUUAUUCUGUGAUGUGGGGGAAAGCUAAAGAAGGGAAGAUGGUUCAUGAUGACAGAGAGAAAAGCUCGGAAUCAAAUGACAAAAAGACGCCUCUUCUACAAAAAAAAGUCGAGGAUGGAGUAGUUAUCGUGUAGCCUAACUUGCAAGGCUUUCUUCUUGAUAUUGAAGACAUAUUUCAGGUUGUUUUAAAAGGGAACUUGUUGAGAAGUCUCUGUGUGUUAAACUCAAAAUGGCUGUGGUACCUGCACUGGCAGUACAGCAGCAAACUUUCUUGAUUUUCUGUUGUAUUGACAAAUUAUAAGAAUACGAUGUGUAAAGUAAAAUCUACUUGAACUCUGCAGAUUCUACCCACUGAUGAUAACAAAUGCAAAAUUAGUCAGAGAAUUUGAAGAA